UCGCCGGAUCGGAAACUAUCGCUCACCGCAUGCAUUCCAUUUCUUCACCGUCAUCAACCGACUCCACUUUUAUAAACUCCCCUAACGGUAUAACACACCCCUUUUACUUUUUCUUCAUUCUUUAUCGCUAAAACGACUGAUUUAGGGUUUUAUUUGCUCCCCGUGUUUUGGUUGACUAACAAUUAUUUGGAGGAAAUUAGGAUUAGUUGUCUUACUGGAUUGAUUUGAUUGGAUUACCAUACAAAUAUGUUGAACAAAUUUAUGAAACGUGGGCAAAAAAAGCCCUCGAAAUCCGAUACUGAUGCUUACGGAUAUCCUCCUCCUGGAAAUCGGAAUUCUGAAUCUGUUUCUACUUCCAAUGUUGUUGUAAACCAUGCCUCUCGAGGUGCUGCUGCUCCCGGCCCUAACAAUUUGGGGCAACAGCAACCGCUGGCCGGUGGAGCAGCAGCGGCUCCGCCUCCAACUGGGACUGUUGAAGCUCUGCCUCUAUUUAGGGAUGUUCCUGUGUCCGAAAGACAACAGUUGUUUUACAGGAAGUGUCGGGUUUGCCGUUUCCAGUUUGAUUUUUCGGAUACGUUGAAAAUGGCUAGGGAGAAGGAGAUUAAAAGGAUGAAUCUUGUGGAGCUUGUGGAUUAUGUACAAUCGGGUUCUGGGAAGAUAACCGAGGGUAAUCAAGAGGAGAUGAUUCAAAUGAUUUCGGUAAACAUUUUCAGGUGUUUGCCACCGAGUUCUCAUGAACAUACGGGGUCUGAGAAUAUUGAGACAGAUGAGGAGGAACCUUAUCUUGAUCCAUCAUGGCUGCAUUUACAACUAAUCUAUGAGCUUCUUUUGAGAUAUGUUGUGUCAUCUGAUACCGAUGCGAAGGUUGCCAAGCGGUACAUCAAUCAUUCCUUUGUUUUGAAGUUAUUAGAUAUGUUUGAUUCUGAGGACCCACGGGAACGCGAAUAUUUGAAAACUGUUCUACACCGGAUUUAUGGGAAGUUUAUGGUACAUCGACCAUUUAUUAGGAAAGCAAUCAAUAAUAUCUUUUAUCGGUUCAUCUAUGAAACACAAAGGCAUAAUGGUAUUGGUGAGUUGUUGGAAAUACUUGGGAGCAUAAUAAAUGGAUUUGCAUUGCCAAUGAAGGAGGAACACAAGUUGUUUCUUGUUCGGGCACUUAUACCACUUCACAAGCCUAAGCCAAUUGCUAUGUAUCAUCAACAGCUCUCUUACUGUAUCACUCAGUUUGUAGAGAAAGACAACAAGUUGGCGGAUACUGUUAUAAGGGGUUUGCUAAAGUAUUGGCCGGUCACCAACUGUCAAAAGGAGACUCUUUUUCUUGGGGAACUUGAAGAAAUUCUCGAGGCAACACAGGCAGCAGAAUUCCAGCGCUGCAUGGUACCUCUUUUCCGGAAAAUAGGUCGGUGUCUUAAUAGCCCUCAUUUUCAGACAGCAGAACGAGCUCUUUUCCUGUGGAACAACGAGCACAUUGUUAGCUUGAUUGCUCAGAACCGGAACGUGAUUCUGCCCAUCAUCUUUGAAUCACUGGAGAAGAACGUCGAAUCUCACUGGAAUCAAGUGGUGCAUGGACUGACAGUGAACGUUCGUAAAAUGUUCCAAGAAAUGGACGUGAAGCUGUUCGAAGAGUGCCAGAAACAGUAUGCCGAGAAAGAGGCGAAUGCCAGAGAAGCGGAAGAGCAACGCAGACUAACGUGGCAGAAAUUAGCCGAUGCAGGUACGGCUCGCCAAACAUGCUGAGAGAUCUACAUUGCUGUUUAAUCCUGUGCUUAAAAACAUGACAGAUUAUAAAGGCAAAAGAAGCAAUGUAUGUAAUUCUAGAAGUAGACAGCUGCAGGCAUAUUAAUAUAAACUUCUUUUUUUUCAAAUGGUUUCUCUUUGGAUAUGUUGUUUGCUUUGUGGCUGAAGAAGAGAAGUGUCAAAAGCUUGUGUGAA